CAUAAAUUGAGAUAAAUUCGGAAGAAGUGCUUCAAUUGAGUUUGAGUGGUUAGGCAAAUCAUUUUAAGUUUUAUGAGCGGUCAGUUUAGCGUAACUUGGGUGUAUCAAAUUAUUUGAAAAUGCUACGGUCACUAAUUACACUUGCGUAUUGUUUCCUCGUGAUAUCAGCAGCACCUGUGAAUGAGCUGCUAAAGGGAAUUUCUAAUUUUUCAUCUGAUUUAUAUCGGCAAUCGGCUAAUUCAACCAGUGACAAUGUGAUAAUUUCGCCAUAUUCUGUGAUAAAUGUACUUGCUCUACUGGCACAGGCUGCUGAAUGUAAUACCUUAGAUGAAUUAAAGACAGAAUUGCAUUUGUAUGGUGACAAAGCGUCGGUAGCUGAACAAUUCCAUAUUUUAUAUAAAUUGUUGCAAAAAAGUGCCGGAAACUCAACCUUUUUGGUUGCUAAUCAGAUUUACGUACAACAAGAUCGUUCAAUCAACAAAAGAUUUCAAGAAGUAGCCGUUCAAAAAUUUUCAUCGGGCAUUGAAACGGUUAAUUUUGCGAAUGGUCUUAAAGCCGCUGAAAUAAUCAAUCGCUUUGUUGGAAAGAAAACCAAUGGAAAGAUCAACGGUUUGGUCACACCAGACGCAUUCUCUCCAAUCACUCAGGCCAUUUUGGUGAAUGCUAUCUACUUUAGAAGCGAUUGGAAAUAUAAAUUUGAAGAAGCAUACACCAUCGAAGAAGACUUUUAUACAAGCAAAACGGAAAGAGUUGCGGUCGAUUUUAUGAACAUCAAAGAACAGUUUUACUAUGGUGAUGUGCCUGACUUAGACGCCACUGCCCUCGAAAUGAAAUAUGCAAACUCAAAUUUCACUUUUAUCGCCAUAUUGCCGAACAAUCGUACAGGGCUAUCCGCAUUGGAAUCAAAGAUGACAGAAUAUAACUUGGCAACAGUUACUAGCCAAAUGAGUUUACAAGAAGUUGAUGUCAAGCUCCCAAAAUUUAAAAUCGAAUUUGAAAUAAAACUCAUGGAUGUUCUGAAAAAUUUGGGCAUUACUGAAAUAUUCACACCACAAGCCGAGUUGAAUCUAUUGGAGACUGGUGAAUCACUGCAAGUGGCUGAUGUCAUUCACAAGGCGUUCAUCGAAGUUAACGAAAGAGGCUCUGAGGCGGCUGCUGCUACAGCUGCACUACUUACUUUCAAUAGUCUAAAUGGUGGAGAGCCACAAUUAACAUUCCAUGCCAAUCAUGGCUUUGUCUUUUAUAUUUGGAACGAAAGCACUAAAACAACGGUCUUUAGCGGCAGAAUUACUAAAUUUGAUCGCAAUUGAAUUCAAUAUGUGGAAUAAGCAACGAGAAAUACCUAAUUUGAAACAUCAGCAUUUUUUUUUAACAAACUAACUGUGAUUUGAAUAAGCAAUAAAUAAUUUUUACUGUUAAACCUGGAUGGAA